GACUGAAAGACUUGUAUCCAUGGUCAUGAAUAAAAAAAAAAAAUCUUUCUGUCAGUGUCAGUUAGCCAAUCGGCACUAGUGUGAUUGUGCAAUGUUGUUGUGUUGUCGUGUCGAUCCUUUGUCGGUCAGAUUUUUACGCCGGUUGUUUUGUGAUUAUAAUAUUCUUUCCCGUUAAUUUCAGCGUAGUGUCCUAGAAUGCAGAUCACUGACUAACGAUUGACAACAUUUAAAAUGCUUUUAAGAUUGAUACGCAUUUGAAGUUGUGAUUGUUGGUUAAAAACACGUUUGUUUUUGGUGAUGGACUUUUGUGUCAUGUGAUUUACGACGGGAGUUUAUUAAACUGCUGUGAUAAUGGAACCAGGAGUUGUGGAUGAAAAUUUCCUGAACUUCGAUGCCGAUCAUUUGCAGAGCAUAGUUUCCGAAUUGACCUCAGAGGACGAUUUGACAAACAUCGGCUCAGAAUUCAUAGUGAACAAAGGGCUGCGCUUCAGGAAGAAUGAAAGCGUGCCGAAAAUAGAUGUCUCUUCCUCCAUUCCCGAUCGCCUGAAGAAACGAGCCAGCUUGAAGUUAUACAGGGCGCGAGAGCGGGACUUCAAACAAGACAUGAGUCAGACAGAGCACAGGGCGGACGCGCUACCUUGGAUGUUCCCAACGCCCGGCCGCAUGCCUGCCGUGCCCACGCUGGUGGAGUCAUGCAACCGCUUCAUGUGUCUCACGUCCCGUCUCAAGUCUCGCGAGACCUCGGACCCUGAUAAGCCUCCAGAUGUUCCUGAUGAGUUCCGUCCUCAGUCCGAGGAGGAGUUGCCAGAGAGCCGCGUCAACUUCCACAAGACGUUCAGCAUGCUCAUCAACAUGGGGAACAACGUGGAGAAAGGAUGCCGGAGGACUAUAAGCCGCGAGGAACAAGUGUGGCAGAAUGAACUAAAGGACCUGAUAUGGCUGGAGCUGCAGGCUAAUGUUGCGGGCCGAACGCUCGCGCAGCAGGACGCCUAUCUGUGCGCGCAACGCAACGCUGUGCCUACGAUACUGCAGAAUAUCAUGGAAUACAAGUUCGUGAACUCUGAGAAGUGCCAGUCUCGAUCGUCCAUGCUGUGUACGGUGGAGGGGUCGCGGGAGGACCUCACGGACUGCGACCGUGCUUCUGGGGGCUGCAACUCUUUCCAAGACGCCGCCCAGCCUGGGUGUUUAUCGUUCAACUGCCGCAACUGCACAGACGCCAUAGGCAAGGCUAUGAGAGAGAUCAGUACUCUGCUGGACUCAUUCGACAGCGCCGUGGAGCUGUAUCCUUCCAGCAAAGCCAUGACAGUCGAGCACCCGCUGAUUGCGACUAACGCAUUCAAAAAUAGACUUCGGGCGAUGUGUGUUUGGUUCAACACGGCGCUGCAUAUGCGGCUGAAGGUGCUCGCGGUGCGCCGCAUGAUGCGCUCGUUGCGGCUUAAGGGCCGGCGCCGGGACCCAUGCGCCGCCGUCAGCCGGCAAUCUUCUAAUGGCGAGACGAGUCGACAUUGCCAAGUCCGCUUCAACAUUAGCGGUGAUCCGAGCAGUUCUAGCAACAGCGAGGCCAGCAACCACUCUGAAGUUAGCAAGGAAAGCCCCAAAGACGAUGAAUCUAUUAGAGACGACACUUCAAAGUCAAAUAGUGACGUGGAAACCAAAGACUGUGAGGAGAAGGUGGUUGACGAUGAAGUUGAUAGCGGCAUCUCUCAUGGUGAAACUUCAGAUCGUACAGGCGAUGCCACGCCUGAAAUAGUGAUAUCAGACACCAAAUACGGUACUGCCGACACCACCGGCUCCACUGACAGCGGAUACAGUACGGGAACACUGGCGGAGUGUCCGCGAUCUCCAGAUGUGUUCGAAUUGGGGGCUCUAGACGAUCUCACGAGAUUGAGGCUGCUCGACCAAUGUGCUGUGUCUCCGUACAGAGAGUAUCACCACGAGAUGCUGAAGACUCAAGGCGUGCGACGGUGCAUGAUGUUCAUCAAUAAGCUACGCAAAAACGUACUGCAUAAGGUCCACAUUACAUUGGAGAAGCCCGAUAGUAUGCCUUCAGACAGUUUCCAAGAGGAGGAGACGGUGCGAGUGUUUGACGACACCAAGGACCUCGACAAGGCGGAACCGCCGCGAGACGAGGAGCUCGAGAAGACAAACGAACUCAGACGAUACGGCAGUUGGUCUGCCGAAUGCCUCGCGAUGAGGCUGCCGUCGUACCGGAACCACUUCCUGCUACUGAGCAGCAUUUGUAUGGAGGCAGUACACGACUACCUGUCCCUGAGGCUCGAGACGCGCCCGGAGAGACCGUCCUGUCUCACUGUCAAACAGCUAAUCCACGAACUGAAGGAAGGUCUGGACAUAUCGACGGAAAUGCGUCACGACUUCGUCGGCAACGUGGGCGCCGCGCUACACGGAUAUGACGUCACGCCGUCCGCCCGUAGAGACCUGCUGUUGGUUCUACGGACAUACGACGCUACCGUCGAGAGUGUGCUCAAGCAAUACCUCUCCUACCUAUCAUUGAUGUCGGAGACAGAACACAUGGCAAAAGCGUGGCUUCAGGCAGAAUGGGCAUUCACCGCAACUCUCGCGCGUCGAGGCCGCAGCGCUGCCUUGCUCGCCCCAAUAACUUUCUCUGAGAUAACGUGUAACCAAAUCACAAGACUGUUGAAGGAGUUCAAGAACAAGUUCGAUAAUCUAGUCCAAUUAGAGAAGUCUGUUCAGCAAACACCGAACAGGUACAGCGCGUAUGUGAUGUGUCGCGCUGUGCAGGAGGUUUACGCGCGUUGGCGCGAACCGCUGCUACAGGCGUGCGCGUGGGCGCGCGCGCUAUGUGGGCGACUGGCGCGUGCGCAUCCACCCGCCUUCCACGCGCAACGCGCCGCCAUACUGGACAAACUCAUGUCUAUGAGAGAGUUCACUUUGAAACACACAGAAAUAGUUCUGGAGAGGACGAGGAUACCAGACGAAGAGCUGGAUCUUACAGAAGGACUAGUCACAAGGGUCAGGGAGCUGUUGCUGCAGAUGUUCAAACUAGGGUUCGAGCUACACAAAGAGUUAUACAAGUUGGUUCAAUCGCCGAAACCAGAGGCACGUUUGAGACGAGAGAGACCAGCUUCACUUCAACCGUUACGACCCCGACAGUCCGUACAACCCAGGCGACGGAGGCCGGAAACCAUGAUCAUCAAUCAGAAUAUCAACUCUAUGAUACACAAGGAGCUGCAACGCGCGGUGAACGAAGUGCCGGGCCGCAUGACGAUGCCGCGUCGAUCGCUCGCGAACUCCCCGCCUAAAAUAACGUUGCGAGCAAAGUUCUCCAGAUCUGAGAGCAUUGGGGAAGACGCGGUGUUUGAUGACAAGAUGUUUGACAACUACGCAGAGAACCACCAGGAAACGUGUAUAGAACGUUUGCUAUCCGGCGAAGAAAAUCAACAAGAGCAAGUCCAGCUCAGAGGCGGAAGCGUGAGCGAUGCGAGCGCUCAGAGCGAAGAGCGGGAAUGGGCGGCUAAAGUCGCACGCGCCGUCAUAGAGUUUGCGCGCUGCUGGAUGAGAUUCGUAGUCGAGCGAUGUGACCGGGGGAGGGGACUGCGGCCCAGAUGGGCUAGCCAAGGACUGGAAUUUUUAAUGCUUGCCUGCGAUCCAUGCAACACCAAACAUCUCAGUGAAGAAGAGUUUGAGGAGCUGAAGGAGUUAAUGGACGGAUGCAUCUCCCACGUGGUGGGGUCUCGGCCCCGCGCUGACGUCACGCUCGCGCCGCGGCCUCGCCACAGGCUACAGAGUCCUUCACCGAGCAGUCCCAACUCGUACUCAAACUUGAUGACAGCGUCUCCUCCUUCAGCGGAGGAACAGCCCGCAUACCAGUCACUCGACCAUAUCACGCACAAGAAACGCGUGAUCCGAGCAGUGCGUCUUCUAGAAGAAUCUCGGGACGAAAAACUACAGGAAAUGAAGGCAGUAGGCCGCGUCCUGGGGGCUGCGGUGUCCAGCUACGAGCCCAGACUCAAGCAGGUCACCUUCAAGUGGCAGCGGGGUCUGAAGAUUGGGGCUGGUACCUUCGGGAAGGUGUACACAGUGGUUAACACGGAGAGCGGACAACUUCUAGCGAUGAAAGAACUCAGCAUAGGCGCCGGCGAUAGGAGAGCUCUACAACGCGCGGCCAAUGAACUGCAAGUACUCGAGGGGGUCAUUCACCCCCACCUGGUGCGGUACUACGGCUGCGAGUUACAUCGGGAAGAAAUGCUGAUCUUCAUGGAGCUAUGCGUGGAAGGAUCCCUGGAAGCUCUAGUGGCCACGUCGGGCGCUUUAGCUGAACAAACUGUCAGAAGAUACACGAAGCAACUGCUAAGCGCUGUACAAGAGCUGCAUUCUAGGAAUAUAGUGCACAGGGAUAUUAAGAGCGGGAACAUAUUCCUGACAAACGAAGGUCACUGCCUGAAGCUGGGCGACUUCGGAUGUGCCGUGAAGAUACGAGCCAAUACUACCGCACCCGGAGAACUGCAGGGAUUCGUGGGCACCCAAGCGUAUAUGGCGCCCGAAGUGUUCAUGAAGUCGUCGGGGCACGGCCGCGCCGCGGAUAUCUGGUCGUUGGGAUGUGUUGUCACAGAAAUGGCUUCCGGAAAGCGUCCGUUCUCGGAGUACGACAGCAACUACCAGAUAAUGUUCGUAGUCGGGAUGGGUGGUCGGCCGGAGAUCCCCCCCUCGUUGUCGGAGGAGGGCACACACUUCUGCACCCUGUGCCUCACCCACGACCCUGACUCCAGGGCGAGGGCCUCGCACCUGUGUCUGCACCACUUCCUGAUGGUUAAGAAUGACGAUGACUGCAAAUGUCAGCCGGCGUAUCUUAUAACAUGAAUACAGUCAAUAUGAUACUGAUAUGUCUAAUCCGAGCAAGACUAUACCUAAAGAAGUUAUGAACUUUUGACUCUUAAUGAAAAUAAUAAGGUAUUUGACAGUGUUAAAAAUAAAGUGCCAAUUGUUAGCAUCUCUGUUUAGAAUGAAUAUUGGCAGGAGUUUUUAAUAUUUUUUACUAAAAAAAUAUUCAUAAUUUUACUUAAAACUAACGAAAAGAUAAUAGUUUUCUUAUCUUAUGUCACGUGACCCAAAACGCUUGGGAUUGGCGGAGCCUAAAAUGACGUCACACGCAAGUAAACUUCCGGUUACAGUGACAUUACAUUGUAUCGUUUGACGUUUUAAUAACAGUCGUGUGACGUCACACGCUAGUAAGACGCCAUAUUGCCAAGAGAAACGUUUUCGCGGCAACUUGAAAAUGGAAUUUUUGAUUUGGUUAUUUUUGCUGAAAUACACAACAGAAUGAUGAAUAUCUGCUUUUUAUGGACUCGAUAAACAUUAGUCAAUAACGUGAGAUCGUUUUCUAAAACUUGUCAAAUACCCUAUUUUUGACCUAAGAUAUUGAAAUCUUCGACUGUAUGACAGAGUUGUAUGUUGUUAUUCUUGAGAAUACGUAAUUAUGUGCCAUCAACUUUAAUAUAGAUUAAUACACUUAGAUAAUUGAUUCGUUUUAAAAGGAUGUUCCUUUAACGCUAGUGGAGUACAUUUUUUGGAUGAUGAGAAUCGAUUUUUAUGUACUUACCUAUUUAAGUAACAAAGUUUUCAUUCAUUAUGCAUAAUAAAGUAAAGACUGUUAUGCAAUUUUGAAAACGCAAAAAGGCAUUGUGUUAAAAUUGUAUACGUGUUUGUGCGAGUUGACUUAGUAUAUAUAAUGUUUCUAGUUGUAAUUUGAAAAAAUAAUCAAUUAAUAAAUGCAAAUAUAAAAAAAAUGCAAAUAUUCGACAUCACCGCCAAGGUUUUUGCCAUUCAUCUAAAUGCGAUUGCAUUGUAUCUUUUUUUUUUACUCUAAAGAAAAUUAUACUAGAAAUAAUCCACGCGGACUAGACAACAGACAGGACUCGAACCUACACCGGGUGGAUGCACCGACCAUUAUGCUACCGCAGCCCUAAUGGUCGUGGCGAAUUUCUUAAAGUAUUAGCCUGCAAGGCAGCGCCAUCUCUUCCCAUAACUCACAAUGUUUAACGAAUAACUUUACAAGUAUUAAACAUUUGAAAGAAGCUUUUAAGCUUUUAACUGCUAGAUGCUUAAAUCUACAGAAAUUUUUACUAGAAAAAAUCCACUUGGACCAGGCAGCAGUCGGGACUCGAACCCUCACCCUCCGCUAUCCGGGCGGAUGCACUGACCAAUACUGCCUUGCAGGCUAAGAACUACUAGAGGAAAAUCGACAAGCCCAUAAGGGCCGCGGUAGCAUAGUGGUCAGUACAUUGUAUCUUUAAAAUGUCAUAAUAAAAUUUUAAUAUAGUGGAAAUUCUUUUUAUUGAUUUUGAAUAAAUAACAUAAUAUCUUUAGAAAAUAUAACUAGAAAAAAUUCCACGCGGACCGAACCGCAGACGGGACUCCAACCCGCACUCUUCGCUAUCCGGGCGAAUGCACUGACCAAAAUUAUAAAUAACAUAAUAUUUUAUUCCAAAGAUUAUAAAAUUUAAAUAUGGUUUUUAAUUGCAUGCAAAUAAUUAGUUACAAUGAAAUAGUAAAAGGACUGAAAAAGGAUAUUCAACACAGUCAAUAAAGUUCAGUUUUAAUUUGAAAAAUUAAAUAAAUAAUCACAAUAUUCAAUUUAAAUCACUACUGAAUAUCAUUUAUUAGCACAUAUAUAAUUCGCACUUGUAUGAAACUAAAAGACGUGUUGUAAAUAUAGAAACUAGAAACAUGUGCAUAAAUAUUAUAAAUAUGAAAACAGUGAUCAGAGGCGACGAGCGUGCCAACAUACGCGUCCUAAGGAGAUUGUAUUUCUAUUUUGUUGGUAGCUUUUUUUCGAGACUUAGGGUGUAUUCCGUAAUAUAUACCAGUAUGCUGGCCAGUGCUAAUGACGUCAUGAAUCGACGCUAUACUGGUGAAGUUCCGAAAUAUACUGGCCAGUGCACUGACGUCAUAAAUCGACGAAAUAUUAAAAAUAGUGCGAAUAAAAAAGAUUUUUUAUUCACCUCAUCAAUUAAAAGGAAUUCUUUUUGUUCGGAUGCCAUUAUUGUGCUUUAAAUAAAAAAGAAAUAAAAUUAGAAUGCAUCUCACGCACGUUCGGUGAUACGUCAUAUUCGUUUUCCCGGUAAAAAUAUGGUAGCAUACCAGUACAAUAUGGCGUCGGAUUCGUGACGUCAUUACCACUGACCAGUGUACUUAUGUAUAUUUCGUAAUACACCCUUAAUGUGUGGUUUCGCGGCCAACUUCAUGGUGUUACUUUUGUGUUACAGUGACGCGCGCGCAUCUUAAAAUUUCACUCAUUUUUUCAUAACGCGCCUAAAGAAGUAUAACUUUAAAAACUUAUGCCUAUGGCUUAAGCAUUAAACAGAACUUUAAAUCAAAUUAUCAUUUAGGAUUCUUCUAGAAUCGGUAGCUAUUUUUUAUGGGCGCAUACGAAGCGAAAACCAGUAAUAAAUAAUAUUUAAAUAUCGCAGACCCCGUUUUAUUACAUCUAUUUUUAUAUUACAUUGCAAAGCUUUUAUUUCAUAACUAGCGGCCCGCCCUCGCUUCGCUGCGGUGUGGAGCUGAAGUGUAGACUACAGUUUUUGUUCUCGGGCUUGUAUUAUACACAAUGACAUUCAUCUAUGAUUCUUCUUAUACCUGCAUGCAAAGUCUCAGCCCGAUCGGUUUAAAAUUGACAAAGUUUCAUACAAACUGUCAUUCCCUAUUUUAUCCCCUUGGGGGUAGAAUUGGUCAAAAUCCUUUCUUAGCGGAUGCCUACGUCAUAACAUCUACCUGCAUGCCAAAUUUCAGCCCGAUCCGUCCAGUGGUUUGGGCUGUGCGUUGAUAGAUCACUAUGUCAGUCAGUCACCUUUGAGUUUUAUAUUAUACUAGCGGACCCGACAGACGUUGUCCUGUCUACACGUCUUUGUGAAUCUAAACCAUUCUCAGAUCCCCUUGAACACACACAAAAAAUUUCAUCAAAAUCGGUCCAGUCGGCCAGUGGUUUGGGCUGUGCGUUGAUAGAUCACUAUAUCAGUCAGUCACCUUUGAGUUUUAUAUGGUGCGACCUGAAAAACUGAAUUUGUAAAUAGCAAACAGAAAAUAGGAGAUAUUCUUCUUAUGAAACUGUUUAUGAGCGAAAUAGUUAAAAUCUCGGUAUGGAUAUCAAUGCACCCAUUGAUGAUGUCGGACUUUUAUCUACCCUGACGGCCCCCCUAGGGGAGACUAGGACUUCUGUAGUACUGAUGUCUGCCCUAGGUUGGGGAGAUCUCAGAACUUACUUGUAAAAUUGUAUAUUGAGUAUCCGUAUAUAUCCUUUCACAACUCUGUCAUGUUUAGCCACAACUGGCCACUUGAAAAUAAAUAAGUUUGAAUUUUUUAAGCAUAUAGCUGCUCCAUGUUUAAAUCUAAAGAAAAUAUUACUAGAAAAUAUUCUACGCCGACCAGUGCAUUCGCCCGGAUAGCGAAGGGUGCGGGUUCGAGUCCCGGCUGCUGACUGGAAUUUUUCUUAGUUAUAUUUUCUUUAAAUAAAUAAGUUUUUAUUUAGUCCGACAACUAUCUGAUUCUUAGUAAGAGAUAAGGCAACCAGUGUUUAGUCUUAUUUAUAGUAUUGUAUUUUGAACAAAAAAUAGAAAUAUGUUAGUAACUAAAUUCUUAGUCACAUAUUAAUUGAUCGCUUUCAACUCGGAUCUUGCUGUUUUGUAUGAAAAAAGUAUCUCAAAAUCGUAGUCCCAAAGUUGAGAGCGAUUUCUUAAUACGGGUCUUAAAAUCUUAUCUAUUACUGCUGAUAGUAGAAAUAACUCGUAUUUCGUUAUAAGCAUAAUAAUAUUGUUUUUUGCAGUUAACUUUUUGUAUGCAUUUAAUAUUGUAUGUCAAAAUAAAUUUGUAAUUUUAGGUUAGAAUAUACAAUCAAUAAUCAAUGUAUGUAUAUAUUUUUGCGAUGUAUAGAAACAUAUUUUCGUAGUUAUUUUUAAAUGUGUGUUUGUUGUUAAAUAUGAGUGAUCACUCAUAUUGUGUGUGUAAAUAUAUUUUUAUUAUAAAAUAUUAAAUUAUAGCAUGUUAUUUUUGUAGCUAAACGAAAUGUAUUUUACCACUUUGUUAUGUAUGGACGGACGGCAGACAGAAAUAAAAAUUUUCAUUUUAAA